AUGGCCAACACCCGCACCAACCGCUUCUCCUUCGGCUCUCCCUCCCGCACCCCCAGCACCUCCCUCCGCCGCCUGCGCACCGCCUUCUCGCCAACCCGCUCCUCUCGCAGCAUCUCGCCCUCAUCCACAGGCACCACUUCGCCUCUCGCCCGCGGCCGCGACCGCACCGGCUCCCCGGACAGCCACCGUAGCUCCGGCUCCAUGAACAGCAUCCGCGACAUCCUGAUGCUGCGCCACAAGCCGAGCGUCUUGGACCUUGAAAUGGAAGAAGAGAAGCACCUCUUCUCGCACGAGCUCGACGUUCUGGAGCCUCGACCAAGUAUGGGAGAGUGCAAGGGCGCCGGAGUCGGCAUCUUCGAAGUCUUGGAUGGAAAGUUUUAG